UCCAAAAUAGAAAUGAUAAAUGGGUUGAAAUAUACAUUAAUUGAUGUACCAUGGAUGAUUAGUAAAUAAUGCGACAUAACUAAAACAAUAAGUCACCGCCAGUAGAAAAAAAAGAAAACUUGUAAGGGUUCGCCUAGAAGCACUUUAAAAGCUACAAUAAGCGCAUACGCAAGCAGAAACACUCAUCAAAACACCAGAAACACCUUUGGAGAUUCUGCAGUAGGUAAACAGGAUUAAAAAAGACAUUAAAAUGAAAGUUUUGGAGAAAGUAUGCUUUUUAUUGUUCCUCACUAACGUCGAUUCUAGGUUAAAAGAACAACACAGACCAUGUACAUUUAACUCUUUAUGUACCUGCUCAAGUGGAGGUCCCGAUUUAGGAUCCGUUAGUUGUGAAAAUAUUCCGUUUAUGACUAUACCACCUCAUCUCAAUAAAUUUGCAAUUUAUAUCAUGAGUCUGAAAAAUAAUAAAUUGCAAUAUCUUGAAGAUUACAGUUUGAAUGGUACAGGAUUGUGGAAACUUCAAAUAAACAGCAACCUUCUAUCUGAUUUGCCUUCAAAUGCUUUGGCAGGUCUUGAAAAAACUUUAUCAGUGUUAGAUUUAAGCCAAAACCAAUUAUUUAGGAUACCAAAAGAAGCAAUACUAAAUUCAGAAAAAUUAAGUAGUUUAAUUUUAAGUGAAAAUCACAUUUCAAUUCUGUAUAAUGACGAUUUUCGAAGCAUUGGAAAAACGCUAAAAUUAUUGGAUUUAACAAAUAAUGCACUAAUGCAUAUUCAAACAGAUUCAUUCAGAAACAUGAUUUCACUUGAGGUUUUGAAUUUGGCUUAUAACUCAAUUCUAACUAUUGAUGAUAUUACUUUUCAAAGUGGACUAAAUAACUUGAAGCAUUUGAAUUUGAUGGGAAAUCAACUUCAGCAAAUUCCAUUGAAUGCACUGGCUAAUUUAAAAAAUAUCAAAACAGUAAAUUUGAAUGAUAACAUGAUUUCAACAAUAUCUGAAGGCCGAGAAACAAGAAAUCGAAUUAAUUUAGAGGAAUUGCAUUUAGAAAAUAAUCUGUUGACUGAGCUGACACCACAGAGUUUUAGACUAUUUAGUCAUAUAAAUCGAUUAUUUUUAAAAGGAAAUCCAUUAGAAACAGUUAAUGAUACUUUUUUAAUAACCAAUGUAACAGAGAUAUACAUGCCUUAUUGUAAAAUAUCCCUAAUUACACCUAAUGCAUUUUAUAGUGUUGCUCAUUCAAUGCAGGUAGUAGACUUAAGUUUUAACAAUCUGGGUGAAUUUCCAGAUUUACCAUUCACAAAACUAGUGAGACUAUCACUUGCAGGUAAUACAAUAAAAGAAAUAAAUUUUUCCAGCAUAAAAGGAUACAGCAAUACUCUAAAAUACUUAGAUUUAAGAGGUCCUAAAAUGACAAGCCUUGAUAAUGAAGUUAUUUUGAAUUUAUUCAAUUUGCGUGAGUAUUUAUUUAACAAGAAGCAAUCUCUACUAGAUAAAGACUACUUACGAAAUUUUGGAUCAUCUAUUGAAAAGCUAUCUAUAACAAAAAGUUUCAUUAAAGUGAUAGAAAAUGGAGCUUUUAAUAAAUUGAGUAGUUUAAAAGAACUUGAUUUGUCUUAUAACAGCAUAACAAAAAUUGAAAACUCUACUUUUAAAGAUAACAGACACUCUUUGAUAAAAUUAAACUUACACAAGGCAUUUAAAUUGACUAUGUUUCCUUUUAAGAUAUUUAACAUCCUUAAUAAAUUGGAAUAUUUAGAUUUGAGUGACAAUGGUUUAAUACAACUACCAUAUGAAUCCUUUAUUUCAUUUCAGAAUUUGAAAUAUUUGAAUCUAAAUUACAAUAAAUUACUAGAUCUGCAUCCAAAUUUCAUUAAUGAUAUUAACAAUCCAGACGUGGAACAUUUGAAAAUAGCUUUUAACAGAAUUAGUACAUUGAAUUCAUAUACAAUCCGAAAUUUACGAAAAUUAAUUUAUUUACAGAUGAAUGAUAAUCAUAUAAAAAGUAUAAGAAAAUCUGCUUUCUUAGAUUUGGAUUCAAUUAUUGAUAUUCAACUACAAGGUAAUUUAAUAGAGAAUAUUGAAAACGAAGCCUUUCAAAAUCUUCCAAACGUUCAAUAUAUUAAUUUAGCAUAUAACAAACUAUUAAGUUUCAAUUUAGAAGCUUUUCAUCAAGUAGGUAGGCUUUCUGCAUUAAAAGUCGAUGUCAAUAAUAACAACAUUCAGAAUUUAACUGGAAAUUAUUCUGUAAUUCAUACAUCAAGCAAUAUUAAGAAUAUAAAUUUCAGCUAUAACAACAUAUCUUACAUAGACAACAAUUAUUUUGAUCCUAUUCGCCAGUCAGUUAUACGUCUAGAUUUGAGUAAUAAUUUAAUACAAGAUUUAUCAGUAUCAGCUUUUGCUAACAUGGCUCAAUUACAAAUGUUGAUUAUUUCUAACAACAAGAUAGAUUCCGUAGAUGAAAACGAAUUUAAAGGGAUUACAUCAUUACAAAUUUUAAAUUUAUCAUUUAACAAUAUCACAGUAUUGCCUGAAAACUUAUUUAAUGAGCAAUCAAGACUGAGAAUAUUUUCAGCUUCACACAACAGUAUGGAAGAAUUGGCAGAAAAUAUAUUUAUUAAGACAAAUAUAGAACAAUUAGACUUAUCUUACAACUUUUUAGAAGCAUUUCCUCAAGAAUCUUUGCUCACUUUAAAGAACAGUUUACAACUUCUUGAUCUAGCUGGAAAUCUCAUACAAUCCUUAAAUUUUAGUAAUUUUAAAAGCUUUCAGAACCUCAGAUACCUCAGCCUAGCUAAUAAUCAGCUAACAAUUACAAGUUCAGGAGAAACUGAUUAUUUACCAAAAUUAAUAUAUUUAGAUUUAUCACAAAAUUCCAUUAAUGAAUCACCCCAGUGGAUAACUGAAGUUCUUCCAGAUAGCUUAAAAAUUCUCAAUUUAGCAAACACUUCUUUGAAAGAUAUACCUUUUCUGAAAUCUUGUGACAUUUUAUUUCUUAACUUGAGUUCAAACUUGUUAAAAACAAUAAAGCAUGAAGCUCUGGAAAACUUACAAAAAAUUCAAGUUUUGGAUUUUUCAAAUAACUUACUUACUACAAUACACAAUGAUCUGUGGUCAAAUUUACCACAACUAAGAUCGUUAUAUUUGCAAGACAACCCAAUACAAGCAUUGUGGAAUACAACUUUUAGCAACAUGGAAAGAUUACAACAACUUUUUAUAAAAAAUAUUGAUAUACAAGAAAUUCAAAAAGAUGUAUUUCAUCCAUUAAUAGCACUGCAAAAACUAGAAAUAAGCACUUAUCCCCAGAAAGAUAUAAGUAUAUCUGAAAUGCUAAGCAAAAACCAUGGAAUAAAAGAAAUACAUUUGCAUGUUCAAGAAAAUGAUUUAGAAAGAAUGUUUGAUGAAAACCUACCUAAAUCUUUAAAAAAAAUAAUUUUAGAAGGAGAAAAUUUAAGACACAUUGACGAAUCAAGAUUUUCUAACAUUCAAAGUCCUGAUAUAUUUGUGGACAUAAGAAAUUCAAAUAUCACAAGAAUCUCUCAGAACUUAUUUAAGAGCAUGAAAGAAGUGAAAAACUUCACCGCAUCUUUUAUGAACAACAAGCUUCAAAUGAUUGAAAAAAUGUAUAAUCCUGAUGAAAAACAGGUUAACAGUAAGUCAUUGAAGUACAUCACACUUUCUGAAAACCAACUCUACUGUAGCUGUGAACUUUCAUGGAUUUGGGAAUGGAUAAAGGAUUACGAACAUGAAAACCGAUGUAAUGAAAAUAUUUGUGAUGAUGCAUACAUUCAAAAUUUACGUGACACAAAGUGCAUGAACAUGAACAAUAGAUCCUUAAUAGAUGUAUUUAAAGUUGACCUGGAUUGUUUCUCUCAUGGAUCAGCACAUAAUUGUAUUUCCUUACCAGUGUCAAUAAUUUUAAGUUCCUUUGUACUGCAUCUAUUUAUCAACUUAAUGUUAAAUUAGAUUUAGAUGUAAACCAUAAUAGACAUUUAAUAAAUUUAAACAUUUAA